CUAGGGUGACAGUAUGUUAAAAAAAAAACCACAAAACAUAAAUAUAUAUAACAAAAAAAAACUUAAAAUGUUGGCCAAGAUUUAUGAAGAAAGAUUAUUUAUUUGCAAAAUUUUAUAAGAAAAGCACUUUUUUUUUCAAAAUGUUUGGACUUUUUCAUUUAUAUAGCAAAAUAAUAAAAAUCCCAGUGGUGAAUAAAUACCACCAAAAUAAAGUUUUAUGUGUCUCAAAAAAAAUGCUAAAAAAUUCAUAUGGGUACAGUGUUGCAUGAUCGCGCAAUUGUCAUUCAAAGUGUGAUAGCGCUGAAAGCUGAAAAUUGGCCUGGGCAGGAAGGGGGUCAAAGUGUCCGGAAUUAAAGUGGUUACAU